AUGAAAAACUAUUUAGGAAAAAAGACUGAUGAAUUUAAUGACUGUGGAAAAUUACUACUCAGUAUUGAACACAAGAAAACUCCUACUAGCGAGAAAAGUGAAUUUUUUAAACAUGGGGAAACUUUCAGUCAGGAUGAGGACCCUGUUGAUCAUGAGAAGAUUCAAAGUGUAGAUCAAACAUUUGAAUAUAACAUGUAUCAAGAAACCUUCCCCGAAAAGGCAAUAUUGAGUACGUACAAGAGAGAGAUCACUGAAGAGAAUCACUCUGAAUGUAUUGAAUAUGGGAGCACCUUCUUUCCUAACUCCUCUUUCCUGUUACAUCACAUGAAUGCCUCCGAAGAAAAUCACUGUGGACUUGGUACUUGUGGGAAAUCGUUAUGUGUGAAGUCUACCCUUUUGAAACCUUAUGGGGCACGUAUGAAACCCUCGGAGUGUAGUGAGAGUGGGGAUCAUUUCCAGGGGGAUUUAUGCCUUCCACAACUUCAAACAAAUCAUAAAGGAGAGAAACACUUUGAAUGCAAUGAAUGUGGGAAAGCCUUUUGGGAGAAGUCCCACCUCACUCGACAUCAGAGGAUACACACGGGAGAGAAACGCUUUCAGUGUAAUGAAUGUGGAAAAACUUUCUGGGAGAAGUCAAAUCUCACGAAACAUCAGAGAUCACACACAGGGGAGAAGCCCUAUGUGUGCAAUGAGUGUGGUAAAGCCUUCAGCCACAAGUCAGCCCUCACGUUACACCAGAGAACACACACAGGGGAGAAACCCUAUCAAUGUAGUGCAUGUGGAAAAACUUUUUACCAGAAGUCAGACCUCACCAAACACCAGAGAACACACACAGGGUUGAAACCCUAUGAAUGCUAUGAAUGUGGGAAAUCUUUCUGUAUGAAUUCACACCUUACAGUGCAUCAGAGAACUCAUACAGGAGAGAAACCAUUUGAAUGUCCUGACUGUGGGAAAUCUUUCUGUCAGAAGUCACAUCUUACACAACAUCAGAGAACCCAUGUAGGGGAUAAGCCCUACAAAUCUUCCAGAGAGAGCCUCUGUCAGUGUGACUCAUAUGGAGUGAGUUUCAGCUGUAUUUCUGAAUUGUGUAUCUAUAUGAAAAACUAUUUAGGAAAAAAGACUGAUGAAUUUAAUGACUGUGGAAAAUUACUACUCAGUAUUGAACACAAGAAAACUCCUACUAGCGAGAAAAGUGAAUUUUUUAAACAUGGGGAAACUUUCAGUCAGGAUGAGGACCCUGUUGAUCAUGAGAAGAUUCAAAGUGUAGAUCAAACAUUUGAAUAUAACAUGUAUCAAGAAACCUUCCCCGAAAAGGCAAUAUUGAGUACGUACAAGAGAGAGAUCACUGAAGAGAAUCACUCUGAAUGUAUUGAAUAUGGGAGCACCUUCUUUCCUAACUCCUCUUUCCUGUUACAUCACAUGAAUGCCUCCGAAGAAAAUCACUGUGGACUUGGUACUUGUGGGAAAUCGUUAUGUGUGAAGUCUACCCUUUUGAAACCUUAUGGGGCACGUAUGAAACCCUCGGAGUGUAGUGAGAGUGGGGAUCAUUUCCAGGGGGAUUUAUGCCUUCCACAACUUCAAACAAAUCAUAAAGGAGAGAAACACUUUGAAUGCAAUGAAUGUGGGAAAGCCUUUUGGGAGAAGUCCCACCUCACUCGACAUCAGAGGAUACACACGGGAGAGAAACGCUUUCAGUGUAAUGAAUGUGGAAAAACUUUCUGGGAGAAGUCAAAUCUCACGAAACAUCAGAGAUCACACACAGGGGAGAAGCCCUAUGUGUGCAAUGAGUGUGGUAAAGCCUUCAGCCACAAGUCAGCCCUCACGUUACACCAGAGAACACACACAGGGGAGAAACCCUAUCAAUGUAGUGCAUGUGGAAAAACUUUUUACCAGAAGUCAGACCUCACCAAACACCAGAGAACACACACAGGGUUGAAACCCUAUGAAUGCUAUGAAUGUGGGAAAUCUUUCUGUAUGAAUUCACACCUUACAGUGCAUCAGAGAACUCAUACAGGAGAGAAACCAUUUGAAUGUCCUGACUGUGGGAAAUCUUUCUGUCAGAAGUCACAUCUUACACAACAUCAGAGAACCCAUGUAGGGGAUAAGCCCUACAAAUGUAAUGCAUGCGGGAAAACUUUCUACCACAAGUCAGUUCUCACUAGGCAUCAGAUAAUUCAUACAGGGUUGAAACCUUAUGAAUGCUACGAAUGUGGAAAAACCUUCUGCUUGAAGUCUGACCUCACAGUGCAUCAGAGAACUCACACAGGGGAGAAACCCUUUGUGUGUCCUGAAUGUGGGAAAUUCUUCAGCCAUAAGUCUACCCUCUCUCAACAUUACAGGACACAUACAGGAGAGAAACCCUUCGAAUGUCACGAAUGUGGAAAAAUAUUCUAUAAUAAAUCGUACCUGACUAAACACAAUAGGACACACACAGGGGAGAAACCCUACGAAUGUAAUGUAUGUGGGAAAACGUUCUGCCAGAAGUCUCAGCUCACUCAGCACCAGAGAAUCCACAUAGGAGAGAAACCCUAUGAGUGUAAUGAAUGUGGAAAGGCUUUCUGUCACAAAUCAGCUCUAAUUGUGCACCAGAGAACUCAUAGAGAAGAAAAGCCCUAUAAAUGUAAUGAAUGUGGGAAGUCUUUCUGUGUGAAGUCAGGACUUACUUUACAUCAGAGAAAACACACAGGGGAAAAACCCUAUGAAUGUAACGAAUGUGGGAAAUCCUUCAGUCACAAAUCAUCCCUCACAGUGCAUUAUAGGGCUCACACAGGGGAGAAAUCUUGUCAGUGUAAUGAAUGUGGGAAAAUUUUUUACCGAAAAUCAGACCUUGCUAAGCAUCAGAGGUCACACACAGGCGAGAAGCCCUAUGAAUGUAACACAUGUGGAAAAACCUUCUCUCAGAAGUCAAACCUCAUUGUACAUCAGAGAACACAUACAGGAGAAAACCUUAUGAUUGCAGUGGGUGUUAGGAAUGUUGAGCUGUGGUUCAGUAGCCGCUAUGCUUCAGAGAACGCACGCUGUAGAAGAAGUAAUGUCGAUGUUCUGAAUGUUGAGUGA